AUGCAGUACAACCCUGGCUGGAACAACUCCUCCGUCAACCUGCUUCACGUGCGGGCGGUGGGGCCCAGCGACACCCUGCACUACGUCUGGAGCAGUAUCGGGGCCCCCGCCGCGCUGCUGGUGGCUACGGAGAGCAGGAGCAGCGCCCUGCGCGUCAACUGGACCCAGCUGCUCUCGCCCGCUCCUGCGGGUGCCAUCUGGAUCGACCCUCCCGGCAGCGUCAUCUACUCCGCCGCCGUCAUCUUCACCAAGGUGUUUGAGUACAACGAGGCCCAAACGCCGGAAGAGCUCUUCUACCCCACGUACGACCUGUCUGACUUCUCCUGGGACAACAUCAAUCGCACCCUGAACCACACGGCCCUGACGGCUGAGUUCACGGGCAUCCCGGCCACUGAUCCCGGUGGCAGCUUCUCCAACGGCAGCCUGGCAUUUCGGGUGACAGCCUACGAGGCUGGUGGCCGGCCCAGCCUCCUGCACACGGCAAACAGCUCUAAAGUGGAGUUCGUCCUGGCUGGGGUGGCUCCGCGGGGCAACGGCUCCCGAUUUGCGCUGGAGGUGGCCACGGUGGAGGAGACAGGGGUGGCACAGAAGCUGCGCUCAGCACGCUCCAUUGACGACGAGUACACUCCCACCAUCUUCGAGACGCUCUCCCUGGUAGCCGAGUCCCAAAACGACAGCUCUGCGCUCAGCUUCCUGCAGUGGAAGGCGACAGCCUAUGGUUCCCAGACCCCCAGGCGUGAGGACGGCAUCCAGUGCCGGUCUCAUGGCCUGCAAGCGGCCAACUGGACCCUGCCCAUGUCCAGCAUUGUCCACGCCUACUUUGGGGAGGGUGUAGGCAGCGCCUACACCGUCAGUGCCAUCAAUAUCUCUUUUGGAGGAGAGGAUGGGAAGGUUUACCAGGAGAAACGCUACCUUAGCUGGUCGGCGCUGCUGGGCUUUGGGCAGCCCCCCAAGGACACCUUCUCGCCCCUCGUCAUCUCCAUCAUGGCCGUGGCGCUGGGCACCCCCAUGGUGAUGCUCUUGGUGGGCAGCUGCGUGGUCCUCUUUGCCCAGAGGAAACGCUACUCGGAGUACGAGCCCAUCAACUGA